AUGAAAGAUCAGCUGCUAAAUUCUGGUUAUCUCGAUUUUCAUGAGUCAAAUGAAAUCCCGAGUGUCUUCAAUUCACUACCGCACGCGCCGUGGCCGCGUGCCGUCUCCGGCGAGCAACCGACUUCUCUCCAUUCUGUGGCUCAUGUCAAGCAAUACGCAUGCGCGGUACCAUCUCAGUUAACCUGCAACAAUUUCUCGUCAGAAAUUGGCUUUCUCUCUCACUUGCGUUCCCAUUUUUCUUUCCGGCAUCUUCAUUUUCCUGCAUGUAUGUUUGCGUUUUUGCAUGAGGUCCGUUGUUUAUGCAUGUGUCCGACCAUCUGUUUAUUUAAUGUAAAAAUUAUCUAUCUAUCUAUCUAUCUAUCUAUCUAUCUAUCUAUCUAUCUAUUUCUCUCUUCUCUCUCUCUCUCUCUCUCUCUCUCUGUAAUCACGCAUAGAAUGUCGAUGGUAGGUCUUCGUGUCUGUUGUUCUUCUGCUAGAAGAAAGAAUCCUAUUUUUUUCUUUCUCUUCAACCAGCUUCAUUUGCAUUCUUUUGUGUUUCCGCAAAUAUCUUAUUAUUCUUGUUUUUCUUUUUCUUGUUCUUUUUCUUCUUGUUUCUCUUUUUCUUCUUCUUCUUCUUCUUCUUCUUCUUCUUCUUCUUCUUCUUCUUCUUCUUCUUCUUCUUCUUCUUCUACUAAUUUUUUGCUUUCCCAUUGUAACUUUAUUUUACAUCUCUCUCUCUCGCUAUCUCUUUCUCCCUCUAUCUCUCCCACUCUCUCUUUCUCGCUCGCUUAUACUUAUUCUUUCCUUCUCUUUCUGACUUUCUUUCCCUUUUUCUACUCUCUUUUAUUUCAUCUAAUUUCUUACUUAGCCAUUUUAAUUUUCUUUUACAUCUCUCUCUCUCGCUAUCUCUUUCUCCCUCUAUCUCUCUCACACUCUCUCUCUCUCUCUUCCCACUCACUUAUUCUCACUCUCUCUCUCGCUAUCUCUUUUUCCCUCUCUCUCUCUCACUCUCUCUUUCCCACUCACUUAUUCUCACACUCUCUCUCUUUCUCACUCACUUAUUCUCACUAUUUCUCUCUUUCUCACUCACAUAUUCUCACUAUCUCUCUCUUUCCCACUCACUUAUUCUCACUAUCUCUCUCUCUUUCUCACUCACUUAUUCUCACUAUCCCCCUUUCUCUUAUUCUCACUAUCUCUCUCUAUUAUUCUCACUAUCUCUCUUUCUCACUCACUUAUUCUCACUAUCUCUCUCUUUCUCACUCACUUAUUCUCACUAUCUCUCUCUUUCUCACUCACUUAUUCUCACUAUCUCUCUCUUUCUCACUCACUUAUUCUCACUAUCUCUCUCUUUCUCACUCACUUAUUCUCACUAUCUCUCUCUAUCUCUCUCUUUUCCUCUCUUACUCACUCUUAUUCUCCCUCUCUCUUUCUCAUUCUUUAUUUCUCUUUUAUCUUUCUCUAUCUCACUCACUCUUAUUCUCUAACUCUUUUUUCUCUCUCUCUCACUCUUAUUCUCUAACUCCUUUUCUCUCUCUCUCUCUCUCUUUCUCUGUUUUUCUUUAUUUUGUAGUCUUUUUUUUUAUUUCAGCUAAUUUCUUACUUUCUCAUUAUAACUUUAUUAUCUUUUACUCCCUCUCUAACUCCCACUUUUUCUCUCUUUCUCUCUCUCUCCCACUCACCUUUACUCUCCCACUCUCUUUCGCUCUUACCCACUCUCACUCUCUCACUGUCUCUUUCGCUCUUUUUCUUCUCUUUUUUCUUUCUUAA